UUUUGGUCUCUUAUAUCUCCUAUGUAGAGCUAGCUAGGUACUGAUGUGAAUGUCCAAAAUAUCCAUAGAAAUUGAACAAAAGACUAAGGUCUCGAAUCUCUCGAUGCGACGGCAGCAAGCUAAAGACUUCUCUCUAGAUGGAAAAAUCCUGUAACAAAACCCUCAUGUCUUCUCGCGCCCUUCAACCCUUGGUUGGAGAAUACUUGUCAUCAUAUUCUAUUCAAAAGGCGUCCUUCGAUCCCCUGGCCUGGCCUAUCCGUCAUCCUCGGAUAUCAGAACGUAGUCUAACAGUUGACUUCACGGAAUCUUAUAAAUAUGAAUACUUUUAUCGACCCUUUCAAUUCUGCAAUAUUUAGAUAUUCAAAAUGGCUUUAAUCAACCCCACCAACUCCCCAAAGCCUCAAAUUGUGCUAAUCCCUUGGGAUCCCACCUCUCCUAAACAUGUUGAGCGACUAGUACAACAACGCAUCGCUUGCGGAUGGGAUUCUGAUUGCGUUGAAUCAUGGAGGAAAGCUCAAGAAAGCGGAAAGCUCAAUAAUCAAUGGAUUGUGCUUGCGGAUUCUGAUCCCGAAAAGGAUGCCAAACUACUCAAACAUUCUGAGAUGUAUCCCCAAGAGAAAGAGCCUCUACUUGACUCUGCCACUUCCUUUGGAGGUAAACUUCGGGAUAUCCCCUCACCGCAGAGAACUUUCAUUCCAAUUGGGCACAUCUGCUUAGGUCCUCCAUCCGAGAAUUAUUUGAAUCUCGGAUAUGUUCCCAAAACAGAAGGGUUCUACUGGAUAUCCAUUUUUUACGUCUCGCGAGCUCUUCAAGGAACUGGACUAGGAAAGACGGCCAUGGAUACAAUCGAGAAUAUAGCCAUUUCUGAACCAUUGUGCGCCAAGACUUUGGGUUUGAAUGCGAUUAAUAAGGUCGACCCAGAAAGAGAAGAAAAAUAUAAAGCUCUUGGCCUGGUCAUUCCUCCGUUUUCCAACCAAGAUUGGUAUGAAAGAAGAGGUUACAAAGUUUACAAACAUGUGGAAAACCUCUUCGGCCCAAUGGUUGAUUCAACAGGAAAAUCCUGGUAUUGGAAUGCUGUGUUUUUGAAGAAGGAGAUCUCUCAUUAGAUUGAGAUUCGACCAAAGAGGCAGAAGAUACUGCCAGCUUGGGGACCACAGAACUAAACCCCGGGACAUACAAAACUACAAUGUUUCAAAUAUACAUACAUAGAUAUAUCCUAUAUCACGUAUUACAUACUUGAAUACAAAUCAAUAUCAAAUAAAGUAUGUAAAUAUAAAUGCUCCCAAGUAUGACUUUAUUUGAGCGAUUCGGUAUGUUGCUCUACUCGUCCAUACAGAGCUUUAGUCAACAGGUCUUGUCUGCGCCGAGUAGAUGGGACACACACAUGGCCAUCUCAGGUUAUAAAUAUUACAACUUG